AUGUUGAAAAAUGGCGUUCGAGACAGCCAUUUGGCAGGGGUUGAAUCAGUUGUCAAAGAAUUCGAUGUUGACAAGGAAAAGGCCCAAGAAAUUACAAACUAUUUCGUCCAACAGAUGAACCUAUCAGAACAUGGUUUAAAAGCCAAGCAUUCUUAUCAGAUACCUUCCUUUGUCACAGAGAUACCAACAGGGCGUGAAAAAGGGUUGGUACUUGCUGUUGACUUGGGAGGUACUAACUGCAGAGUUUGUGCUGUUGAGCUACAUGGAGACUCAUCCUUUGAUGUGUUUCAAAGAAAACAUGUCGUGCCUGCCGAGUUGCGUGUGAACGAAAGCCAUAAACCUCUAUUUCAGUUUAUCGCAUCCAAGAUAAGAGAGUUUCUAGAAGAAUAUGAGUCGCAGAGUAACAGGGAGGGCUCUUCUCAGGGAACUUUCAACCUUGGAUUUACGUUCAGCUUUACUUGCGAACAAACGUCAAUAUCUCGGGGUACGCUUGUUCACUGGGAUAAAGGAUGGGAUAUCCCAAGCGCCAUAGACCAAGACCCUUGCUCUUUGUUACAAGAAGCAGUUGAUGAAACAGGAUUGCCAGUACGGGUUUGCGUCUUGGCCAACGAUGCAGUCGGCACACUUCUCACCAAAGCAUACACAGCUGAGAAAUCGAGUUCUGCUCUAGCAGCUAUUAUUCUUGGAACGGGAACCAACGCUGCUUAUGUCGAGGACAUAACGAAUAUCCAGAGACUGAAUACCGAUGAAAAAUGGACAGAGAAGGAUCACGAAGGCGUUAUGGUAAUCAACACGGAAUGGGGCUCCUGGGACGACGAUUUAAAGGUCCUUCCUCAGACUCGAUUCGACAAGCUGAUCGAUGAGAGCUCUUCUGAUCCUGGGUGUGGCCUGCUCGAGAAGAUGGUCUCUGGAAUGUAUCUCGGGGAGUUGCUACGUUUGAUCAUAUUGGAAUUGGUCCUGAAUGGGAGCUUGAGUAUCACAUUCGAGGAGGACAGCCCCAUACAUCAAUUCACCGGUAUUGAAACAUCGUUUCUGACCAAGAUCACCGCUUUCGGACUGGAGGAUACGGCAGGAUCUUUGGACUACCUGACGAAAACACUGGCUGUCAAAGACGUCACUAUAGAGGAGAUGCUAAAGAUUCAGGCUCUUUCGAAAGCCAUUAUAAAGAGAUCUGCUAGGUUGGUCGGCACAGGUCUCGCGGCAAUCAUCAUUCAAUCUGGAAGACUACAGCCAAACAUCAAUAUUGCUGUCGAUGGCUCUUUGUUUGAGUAUCACGCUGAGUUUGAAGAGCUGAUGCGCAGUGCAUUGCGCGAUGUCGCCGAGAUUGGGAGUGUAAACGAGAGGAGGAUAAAGAUAGAGCUCACUAAGGAUGGAUCAGGUACGGGUGCUGCUCUCAUUGCGGCUGUAGCUGGAGAUGCAGACAAUCAUCAUACAUAG